UUGUACACGUGUUUCGAUGACGCAAAGCACAUCAGGUUCCAAAUUGUGACAGCUUGUCAGUAGAAGAUUACGUGUUAAAGGAAGAAAGACAAAAAUCAAGCAGGUCAACAACACAAACCAAUAGGCCCAGAGCAAUUAUAUAAUAAAUCAAGAUGAGGCGAGCACACAUGGGAAAUGAGCAGCCAUACAAACCAACAGCACAAAUGUUGGAGGCAGAAAACCAAAAUAUGGAGGAUCAGUUAUCAAGCAAAGUGAAGGCUCUUAAGUCCCUUACAAUUGAUAUGGGAAACGAAGUGAGAGAACAAAACAAGUUUUUAUCUGAAAUGGACGACGACUUCAAUAAGAGCAGCGGAUUGUUACAGUCAACGAUGGGACGUUUAAAAGAUAUCGCAAGUAAAGGUGGUCCAAGGUUGUGGGGGUACAUGUUUCUGUUUAUUUUGUUUGUGCUGUUCGUGUGCUGGGUCAUCAUUCGAUUCCGGUGAUGUCAGUCUUCAUUAGAAGUUCUACAGUUCAGAAUGAAACAUAACUGAUGCGUAAAUUCCUCUCAUGUUGAGCACCACACAGAAGAGUUUGAGUGGAGAAAGUCCAUAAUAUUUCUGAUUUUCUUUAGUGAUAAUCUUGUAGUUACCUCCCUUCCCACAAUUGUCAACAUUUUUGAAAUAAAUUCCCAAUCUUUGUCAUUGCUUAGUGAAUAACGUAAAUUGUUUUAUUUUUGUGAGAGAUUUGUUAUUGCAGUAUGAAUAAUUUGUGAUGAAACUUGUUUAGGAGUUUAAAUUUUCAGUGAAUACUGAAUACUGAAUUGAAUAUAAUUCCAAAAAUUCUUAGCAGACAUAUUGACUAAUUGAACACCAGGCAAAGAACACAGAAGAUUAAAAUGAUUUGAAGUUUGUAAAUUUUGGAUCUAUAACUGCUGUUGUGUAACCUGGUUGAAAUGAUUCGAGUUGCACCAAAAUAUUCCGAUGCAAUUGUAUAGGAUAUUGGUUCUGUAGUAGGAAGUGGCAAUCCUGAGGAAGAGCUUAAAAUAUAGUUUUCUGUCAUAGGAAAAUUCAUUUAACUAAAUAUUAAAUAUUUUUCUUUUUCAUACUUUCUGUCAGAAUGUUACAAACAUUUCCAGUAAAUAUGUAUUUGUACUAACACUUGUUUAUGGACAAAAUUUUGAAAAAUAGAGAUAAUGACAAGCAGAGGCAUUUGUUUUUAGACAGGCAGCUACCAGGUAGUCCCUUCAGUCUGCACAUGCUGAACAAUAAGUGGACAAACCAUGGCCCCAAGAUGUGCCUGUUUAUAUUUCAGAUUCAGUCAAUUCAACCAGUUACACAAAAACAGCCUUUAUGAACAUGUCAUGGGAGACAACUCUUUUUAGUCUUUAAAAUAGUUAAGAAAGAAAAGUCUCUCUUUCUAAAAAGAAAAAAUGAAGAAAUAAAUAAAUAAAAUACUUUAAAGUUUGUUCUGGUGCCAUAAAUGUUAUUGAUUUAAUAAGCAGUAUUAUGCUUUGUGCUGUUGAAACAUGACAUGUACAUCUAUUUUUUAUGGUCAGUUAUUUUUAUUGAGAGUUAAAGCUUUACUAUUUAAGGAAAGAGAAAAGAGGAUUUGAAUACUAAGUAGUAUUGUUCUAUGUGAUUUUGCAUGAAAUGUAUGAUUUAAAGGUUUAUCAAAGACUUCAGAGAUUAUGCAUGUAAAUAAUGGGUUAAAAAAUCAGCAAAUUUAACUACAAUGUUGUAUUGAAGGCAGAGAAGACUCAUUGAAAUAUGAAUAUCUCUGAACGGCAAAAUCUGAUAAAGAUGGAAACAAAAUAAGCUUGAUGACAUUGUGAACUAAUUGUAAACUAUUUUCUUAACACAUUUUUACUAAUUUCAGUACAAUCAGCACUUUCAUCUGUGUGUGGUGCUACUAUUGUUAACAAUGUUUCCUAUACUACUGGGAUUGGUCAUUAAUUAGCCCAGUCCUUCUUGUUGAGAGUGACACCAGACUUCCACCUUUUGUUACCAGAUUGAUACCUUACUCUUACUAAGUGAUAAGGUAUGGUUGUAACUUGGAAGGUUUAUGGCAUACAGGGACUUGAGUAAGGCUGUGUAGGAGUGGCUGUUUUGUAUGGGUGAUUGUUGUUGGUUGAUUGCCUUAGUAGUGAUAUCUAAGGAUGAUGGAUUAGAGAAUGGAUUGAUAAUGUUUGGAUAUUUGUAUUUGGUAGUGAUAGGUUGAUGGAGUUAUGUUGAUGAGUACAAUAUAUCUAACAGUAAGCCCAUGCCUAGCAAUAAUCUGACCCAUAGAUACUGCAGUUCAGUAAAAAUGCUUACAAAAAUUAUUUCGUUUUUUUCCCCAGCUAUAAACCAUCUCUUGUCCAAAUGUUAGGCCCCAUUGGCUUUUGUAGACAAAGUAAAAGUUUGAGAUUGGUAGGUGAGUUGAGGGAUGGAGGUGGGUGAGUGAAGAUGGGGUGUUUGGGAUGGGUAGAAGAAUGGAGUGAUUGAGAUGGGUGGGUAAAGAUGGGUGUUUUCGGUGGAGUAGUUGAUUGAGGAUGGAUGAGAGUGGGUGGGCAGGAAUAAUUCUUGUGUUCUUGGAAGAGAGGUUGAGGAAUGAGGAUGGAUGAGUAUUUUAUUUUUAUGACAGAAGAUGUGCAUGCUUAAAAUUGUGUCUGCAACUGUGUGUGACUUAAAAUAUGUUGUUAAGUUUUAAAUAAAAACACUACAGUCAUA